AUGGAGAAGGUGAAGAAGAUGCUUGAGGCUCAGAGAGUAUCAUUUACUCGAAUUUAUGAUGCGGUGAUCACACUGCUUGGUGAGAAGAAUAUUAAUUUAAUUGAAAUUCGAGGAAAUGUUCGAAUAUUGGACCAGAAAAUUGAGUUGAUUGCUGAUUUGGGCAGACAAUUGCUGGAUCAUAUCCUAGAGUCAGAAAGCAGCGAAGAAAGUGCUUUGCUAUCCGAAAUUGAAGCAGCAGAUAAUUUUUUGAAAAAAUAUCAUGAACUCAAGUUGAUUAUUGAGAGUCAUUCACCGAAUCAUUCCGAUGAAACAAGUAACGUAUGUUCCACCCACACGAAGCGUAAACUGAAGCUACCUACUAUAGAAUUCAAGAAAUUUGGAGGUGAAAUCAGAGACUGGCUUCCAUUCUGGAGUCAGUUUAAGCGAAUUCACAAUGAUGAAGAUCUUCCCGUUGAAGACAAGUUUCAAUAUCUUUUACAAGCUAUGAUUCCGAACUCUCGUGCUCGUCAAUUGGUUGAGAGUUAUCCACCUAGCGGAGACAAUUAUCCCAAAGUUAUUGAAAGCCUUGAGAGUCGAUUUGGCCGAAAAGAUCUUGUUGUUGAAGUUUAUGUUCGAGAGCUGUUGAAAUUGGUCCUGACUAGUAUUGGGAAUAGAAAUAAGCUUAGUUUUCUCUAUGAUAUGCUAGAAUCCCAGUUGCGAUCAUUGGAAACUCUAGAUGUGACAUCAGAUACAUGCGCAGCAAUGUUGUACCCACUGGUGGAAUCUUGCCUCCCCGAAGAUUUGAUAAGGGUAUGGCAAAGGAGUAGUCAUUAUGAUGUUGAAUCCACUUUGAAAAUACGUUUGGAUAACCUGAUGAUCUUUCUUAGAAAGGAAGUUGAAAAUGAAGAACGCAUUACUUUGGCGGUUGCUGGUUUCGACAUGCAAUCUAAAACAAAAAAGAUUGUGGAUUGUCCUCCUGUAAAAAAUGCUCUUCCAACAGCAUCUGGACUGAUGAAUAAUAAAUUCCAGAAGAAAUGCCACUUUUGCAACGGAAGUCAUUGCAGUGGAGAUUGUUCAGAUGCCAGAAAUUGGACACUAGCUGAUCGUAAGAAGAAAUUGAUUAAACGGGGGUGCUGCUUUCUAUGUCUUAAAUAUGGUCACAUUGCAAGAAAAUGCAGAGUAAAUUCGGUGUGUUCAAUCUGUAAUGGAAGACAUGUUGAUAUCAUGUGUACAAAGACUGAUGAAACAACUACGAAAUUUGUACCUGCUCCAAAACAGUCAAAUGUAGAGAAUUCCUUUUCGAAUAAUACAUAUGCAGAGGUGUUUCUACAAACUCUGAGAGUGAGGCUUAAUGGAUUGAAUAAAUCACGAAUGGCACGAGUAAUCAUUGACACCGGUUCUCAAAGAUCAUACAUAAAACAAUCCGUUGCUUCUGAGAUGUUAUAUGAAUCUAUUCGACGAGAAGAAAUGGUGCAUGCCCUCUUUGGUGGCACGAAUACUGACGUUUGCAACCAUCAUUGUUAUCGAAUACGAUUGAGUAGUAUCCACGACGACUAUGCGUGUAACUUCGAAGCUCUAGACCAAACAGUCAUCUGUAAUAAUGUUACUUCUGUAAGGCAAGGACCUUGGAUGGAUGAACUAAGUUCAUUGGGAAUAGAAAUUUCAGAUAAAAAAGAUGGUCCCGUUGAUAUUUUAAUUGGAGCUGAUAUUGCUGGAAAGUUACUCACUGGAAAACGUCAUGAACUUAAAUGUGGACUUGUGGCAUUGCAUACGCUAUUGGGAUGGACAAUCACGGGCAAAGUUACUUCGAAUGAGCAAUCUAUAAAUUCUUCAAUGCUGGUUGUUACUUCUAUGUUGAGUAGAGACUUGGGCCCUACCGACUUAUGGAGACUUGAUGUCCUUGGAAUCACCGAACCAUUACAACAGAAAUCAGAAAAAGACACGGAGAAAGCUGUAAUGGAACAUUUCUUGGAAACUGUUCUGAGAAAGGAAGAUGGAAGAUAUGAGGUGCACAUGCCGUGGAUUGAAGGCCAUCCUCCAUUACCCAACAAUUUUUCAAUAGCACAGAGACGACUCGAAAAUUUGAUGAAAAAGUUGAACAAUGAUGGAUAUCUCCAGGAAUAUUCUCAAGUUUUCAAAGAAUGGUUGGACGAAGGAAUUAUUGAAGAAGUUCCAGUAUCAGAUCUCCAAUACCAGGGACACUACCUACCUCAUCGUCAUGUAGUCAGGGAAAGCAGUACUACAACAAAAAUCAGGCCUGUUUUCGAUGCUUCUGCCAAAGAAAAAUCUCAACCAUCAUUAAAUCAGUGCUUGGAAAAAGGUAUCAACCUAAUAGAACUCAUUCCUUCAAUUCUGAUCAAAUUUCGAUUAGGCAAGAUUGGAGUAAUUGCUGACAUAAAGAAAGCAUUCCUUCAAAUCAGUUUGACAUCUACUGACAGAGACUUUUUGCGAUUUCUCUGGUACAAUGAAAAUGGAGAAUUGAAAACUUACCGUCAUACUAGAGUUGUUUUUGGUGUAACGUGCAGCCCUUUCUUGCUGGGAGCCGUUAUUGAGUAUCAUUUAAAAAUAUGUUUUGAAACAAAGAAAAAUUCUUCCAUAAAAUCGAUCAUUCCGAAACUAUUGAAGAGUUUUUAUGUAGACAACUGUGUUUCCAGUGUAGACAGCAAAGAGGAACUUCAAAUGUUCAUUGACGAAUCUUCAAUGAUAUUUGCUGAUGCUAAAUUUGAAUUACGAGGAUGGGAGCACACAGUUAUCGAUAACUCUGAAGUGGCAUCUGUUUUAUCACCAGUUUUAGGCUUGAAUUGGAAUCGAAAUUUGGAUACCCUAGAAUUGAAUUCUGAAUGGUACCGAGAUAUCAACAUUGAAUUGAUAACCAAAAGAAUAAUUUUAUCAACCGCUCAAAGGAUCUUUGAUCCAAUAGGAUUUUCUUGUCCAGUUUCAUUGUAUCCCAAAAUAUUGCUGCAGAAAACGUGGAAUUUGAAAUUAGGAUGGGAUACUGAAGUACCUGAUGAUAUCAAAAUCUGUUUCCUGAGCUGGAUAAAAGAUAUUCCGUUCCUUUUGGAUCUCAAGAUUCCACGAUGGUUAGUUACAUCUGACGCAGUCCAUGAACGAUGGACUCUUCACGUAUUUUGCGAUGCCUCAGGAAAUUCGUAUGCAACUGCAAUUUUUCUAAGAUCUGAAUCGAGUAGGGGAGUGGAAGUACAGUUGAUUCAAGCAAAAUCCCGAGUUGCUCCUAUUAAACAAAUGACAAUCCCUCGAUUGGAACUUUUAGCUGCUACGAUUGGAGCAAGAUUGUCAAAAAUGGUAUCUGAAAACCUUCCGGUCGAUAUACCUGUUUACUGGUGGUCUGAUUCAUCUACGGUUCUAGCUUGGAUCAAGAGAGAUGAUAACUGGAAACCCUUCAUAUGGAAUCGAGUGAAAGAAAUUCGUAAUUUAACGAAUAAGGAAGCGUGGUUUCACGUUCCAGGUCAUUUCAACCCAGCCGACCUUCCUUCUCGUGGAUGUUCUCCGAAGCAAUUAGUUGAGUCGAGAUGGUGGGAGGGUCCGGAAUGGCUAAAAAAAUCCCCUGAACAAUGGCCUUCUCAAAAUUAUUCUGUCGAAGAAGAUGUUAUCAAUACUGAAAAAAGAAAGUGUGUGACUUCUUCAAUGUUGUCUUCAAACCAAUGUUUUUCCUGGUUUUACGAGCGUUUUUCAGGAUUCGAAAAAAUCGUGAGGAUAUUGAGUUGGAUACGAAGAUUCAUUUUCAACUCUCUUAACCGAAAUGAAAAGAAAAUAGGUCCAUUGUCACUGGCAGAGCUGAUUUCGUCCGAAAACUGCAUCAUAAAGUUUAUUCAAGAAGAGGCAUUUGAGGGACUGAAUGAUCCCAAACUGAAAACUUUAUGUCCUUUUAUUGAUAAUGAUGGAAUAAUACGACUUUCAACGAAAAUUUCUGCACGAGAAGAUUCGCGAGAUUUCCGUUUCCCAGCCGUUUUACCCAGCAAGCAUCCAGUAGUCGAUAAAAUUGCUCAUGAACAACAUGUGAAAGCUUCCCAUGUUGGUGUACAGGGCCUGCUGAGUCUAUUGAGAGAAAGAUUUUGGAUACUUAAAGGAAGAAAAACACUUAGAUCAAUCGUUACAAAAUGUGUUGUAUGCAGACGAUACAAUGGAAAAUCAUCCGAAGUUUCACCGAUACCUUUGCCAAGAGAUAGAGUGAGAGAUGCAAAUGUAUUCGAAGUCGCAGGUGUAGAUCUUGCCGGUCCACUCUAUAUUCGAUCAGGUGAAAAGGUUUGGAUUUGUCUUUUCACAUGUGCGGUAUACAGGGCUGUACAUUUGGAACUAUUAUCCUCACUCUCCACUGACAUAUUUCUUCAGUCUUUCCGAAGAUUUGUAGCCAGGCGAGGAAGACCUUCCAUUAUUUAUAGUGAUAACGGAACAAAUUUUGUCGGAACUGAUAAUGCUUUCAGACAUUUGGACUGGAAUGAGAUAAUUACCUAUAGUUCAGCCCAACGAAUCGAAUGGAAAUUCAAUCCUCCAACUGCUGCAUGGUGGGGCGGUUGGUGGGAGAGAUUAAUAAGAAUCGUCAAAGAUCUUUUACGUAAAGUCCUAGGUAAGUCAUCUUUAACAUACGAAGAGCUUUAUACAAUUGUUUGUGACACCGAAUCAGUGGUUAAUUCCCGACCAUUGACUUAUUUCCAUGAAGAUAGUAGAGAUUUGGUUCCGUUGACACCUGCUAUGUUCUUACGUGAAAUUCAAGAAGUUGGUGUACCAGAUGUGGAUGCAACUGAAGCCACUGAUCUCAGGAAACAUUUGAAGUAUAGACUCAAACUGAAAGAAGAUUUGCGAAGAAGAUUUCGAACAGAAUAUCUAGGAGAAUUAAAAUUAUUUUCGAAGGGUAACAAUGUCAAAGAGAUCAAAUUGGGAGAUAUAGUUUUAGUUGGAUUGGACAACAUAAAACGAUUGGAUUGGCCACUGGCUCGAAUAGAAGAAAUGAUUCCAGGGCGAGAUGGUAAAAUUCGAGUAGUUCGCUUGAAAACAGCUACGGGGUCAUUAUUGAGACCAGUGCAAAGAAUUUAUCCCCUAGAAAUCAAUAGUCGGGAUAACGAAAUAGAUUUCCAUGCUCUAAACAAAAUAGGACAAGAAAAAGUGAAAGAAGAGAAAGAAACGAAAAGGGACAGAGAACCAGAAGAACAGAAAAAUGAAAAAGAUGACAAACCCGCACAUGAGAAAAAACCUGUGGUCACAAGAUAUGGGAGAAUUGUCAAACCCCCAUCGAAGUAUACAGGGUGA